GACAGAGGCAGCAGUGCUGAGUUACAGACCACAGCAGAGAUACAGGCAGAGAAUAUCACAUAGAAAAAUACAGAGAGGGCGAGAGAACAGCAGAGCGCCUGGCAGGGGCUCAGAGAGACCCACGGAUCCAGAUGCAAGUUCAUAUCCCACCUUACAGAUCGAUAUGUGAUCAGUUUCAUCAAUCCCGUCGCCUGAAUGACGCCCGGGCUGCUUGAGACGUUGUAACGGAGGAGAAACAAAACCCGUUUUCUCUGUCUAUUGUGGAUAAUUUUCUCUCUUUGGAAUCGGAAUUGGAUUGAUCGUUCAAUAGGGUGCUGCUCGCAGAUUGGCUUCGAGGGAGUAAGAUGGGGUGUUUGGGGAGCAGUAAAACCGAAGACCAGCGCAUCGACGAGAAAACACAUCGAGAGGCCAACAAGAAAAUAGAGAAGCAGUUGCAAAAAGAGAGACAGGCUUAUAAAGCCACACAUCGACUGUUGUUGUUGGGUGCUGGGGAAUCGGGGAAAAGCACUAUCGUGAAGCAGAUGAGAAUUCUUCAUGUCAACGGGUUUAAUGCGGAGGAAAAGAAACAGAAAAUUCAAGACAUUCGCAAAAAUGUGAAGAACGCCAUCGUGACCAUAGUGUCUGCAAUGAGCACUUUAAUACCACCCGUCCCACUCGCUAAUCCAGAGGACCAGUUUAGGAUCAACUAUAUCAAAAGCAUAGCGCCGCUCUCUGACUUUGAUUACACACAGGAGUUUUUCGAUCAUGCGAAGAAGCUCUGGGAUGAUGAAGGCAUUAAGGCAUGUUAUGAGCGCUCCAACGAAUAUCAACUAAUUGACUGUGCGCAUUACUUUCUUGACCGGAUUGAUGCAGUAAGACAAAGCGACUAUACUCCAACAGACCAGGACUUGCUUCGCUGCAGAGUGUUAACAUCAGGGAUUUUUGAGACGCAAUUUCAAGUUGACAAAGUCAACUUUCAUAUGUUUGAUGUGGGAGGUCAGAGAGACGAAAGGAGAAAAUGGAUUCAGUGUUUUAAUGACGUCACAGCGAUCAUCUUUGUGGUAGCGAGCAGCAGCUAUAACAUGGUCUUAAGGGAAGACAACAACACAAACAGACUACGGGAAGCACUUGCUCUUUUUCACAGUAUCUGGAAUAACAGAUGGUUACGGACAAUUUCUGUCAUAUUGUUCCUAAACAAACAAGACAUGCUGGCAAAGAAAGUAUUAGCUGGGAAAUCCAAAAUUGAAGAUUAUUUCCCUGAAUAUGCUUCUUACACCUUACCUGAUAAAGUAACUCCUGAACCCGGUGAAGACCCCAGAGUGACGAGAGCCAAGUAUUUCAUUCGUGACGAGUUUUUGAGGAUCAGUACAGAAAGCGGAGACGGCCGUCACUACUGUUACCCCCAUUUCACAUGUGCAGUGGACACGGAAAACAUCCGCCGGGUCUUCAACGACUGCCGAGACAUCAUCCAGAUAAUGCACCUGCGGCAGUGCGAACUCUUGUGAUCUCACUUCGGCUCUUUAUGAACGUGUCUCCACCUCAUAACUCACGAGGUCGAAACCGCAGACAAAUAUACUACUGACGUUUGGCGCACCACCCUUCGGUUUUUAGGUGUUUUAUUUUAACUCAUGAUUCGGGGACUUUUCCCCCCCACGUUUUUAUUUGGAUCGCCUUUAUUUUUGCCAUUCCAUGAAGCCUCUGGCUACCUCCUUAUUUUUUUAUUCAAAUAAAAAAUAUCGUGUAUAUAUGUAUACGUGCUGGUGCCUGCCAGAUAAUGAAGAUCGCAUCACCUUGUGACCUCCAGGAAUCCUAGUCUCGCACCUCGAACCUUGAUCUUCUGGCCUACAGGGCUCUCUGCUGCUCUUUCUGUUUCUGAACACUGAAGAUCGCUCGCGGACAGAAGCGGGGACGGGGAGGCAGGCCGGGGGUUGUCGAACACUGGGAAAGCGAAGUGAAGUAAUGCACUUUUCCAUCAGGUUUUGACUGACAUUUUUCUUUACAAAGAUGGACACACAAUGUAGCAUCACAUCAUGAAUUUCUGUCCCACUUAAGGCUGUGGACAGGUCAGAGGCUGGCGGGCGUGACCACGCCCCUUUUAUGUGAAAGAGGUGGAGCCUUUGAAAUGAGGAGGAGGGGCUCUGUGAAGAGGCGGAGCCUUUGAAAUGAGGAGGAGGAGGGGCUACGGGAACAUUGCUGAAGCCUCGGUUUGGUUUUGGGAACAUGAUGGCGAAACAUCUGCGAAAAGAAUCGA